GCAUAUAACUAGGUCCCAAACAAAGGGACAUUUUUCAAAGAGUGGGGCGGGGUAAAUCAAGUAAUUGCAGAUGAGACAGAAAACGUUACACAUAAAAAUAACCUAUGUAAAAUGUAUUUGUUUAAUUAAAUCCUCCAAAUAGCAAUCUGCGGGUAAAUGCAUGGCAUUGGGCAUCACGAUGCAGUCAUAAACCGCAGUUUUUCCAAUUAAAAAACCGAGGAAGGAAUACGGGGAUCCGGUCAGGCUGAGAGUUCGGACUGUAUGAAAGGAAAAGUGGGAUUGGAGGAGUGAGUGACGUUAUCUGCUGGAAAGAGGGAGGGAGAAAAAGAAACGGCUGGACUCCAUUAGCGAAAGCCCGAGGAGACAGUUUGGGAUACUUAACUUGGGCUACUUCUCUGGGAUUAUCUUCCAGGAUAAGAAACUGCAUGAUAUAUAAAAAAGAAGAGUAAUUCAGUAUUAAAAGUAGGAGAUAUAAACGGAUUUCGGUCUUGGAUUGUUGUAUUUGUGAAGGAUGGCGCUGGACGGUAUACGAAUGCCCGAUGGCUGCUACGCUGACGGGACCUGGGAACUGAAGAUGCACGUGACCGACCUCCAUAGGGACGUGUCGCUGCGGGUGACCGGCGAAAUUCAUAUUGGCGGGGUCAUGCUUAAACUCGUGGAAAAACUCGAUGUGAAGAAGGACUGGUCAGACCAUGCCCUGUGGUGGGAGAAGAAGAAGACGUGGCUGCUGAAGACCCACUGGACGCUGGAUAAGUACGGCAUCCAGGCAGACGCCCGGCUGCUCUUCACCCCGCAGCACAAGCUGCUCCGCCUCCAGCUGCCCAACAUGAAGCACAUGAAGGUCAAGGUCAACUUCUCGGAUCGCGUCUUUAAGGCUGUGUCAGACAUCUGCAAGACCUUCAAUAUCCGCCACCCCGAGGAGCUCUCUCUACUCCGCAAACCCCGGGAUCCCAAGAAGAAGAAGAAAAAGCUGGAGGAGACAGAGGAGGAGGAUGUCCUGGAGCUGGAGGGGCCGCUGCUCACCCCUGGAUCAGCCUCUGAGGUUAUUUACAUCGGACCGGUCAAAGGGAGCAUCUACUCCAGUCCUGGGCUGUACAGCAAGACGAUGACCCCAACCUACGAUUCUCGGGAUGGGAGUCCCCUGUCCCCCACUUCAGCCUGGUUUGGAGACAGCCCCCUGUCUGAGGGCAAUCCCAGCAUCCUUGCUGUCAGCCAGCCAAUAUCCUCCCCUGACAUUCUGGUCAAACUCUACAAGCCCCAGAGCCUCCUGGAUAAGGCCAAGAUCAACCAGGGGUGGCUGGACUCCUCCAGAUCCCUGAUGGAGCAGGACGUGAAGGAGAACGAGGUGCUGCUGCUGCGGUUCAAGUAUCACAGCUUCUUUGACCUCAACCCCAAGUACGAUGCCAUCCGCGUGAACCAGCUGUACGAGCAGGCCAAGUGGGCCAUCCUGCUGGAGGAGAUCGAGUGCACCGAGGAGGAGAUGAUGAUGUUCGCCGCCCUGCAGUACCACAUCAACAAGCUGUCCAUCAUGUCAUCGGACAACCACAUGAACAACAGCGAGAAGGAGGUGGAUGAGGUGGACGCCGCCCUGUCCGACCUGGAGAUCACGCUGGAGGGCGGGAAGACCUCCAACACACUGGGUGAUAUUACAUCCAUUCCUGAGCUGGCUGACUAUGUGAAAGUAUUCAAACCAAAGAAACUGACACUAAAGGGCUAUAAGCAGUACUGGUGCACAUUCAAGGACAUCACAAUUUCCUGCUACAAGAGCAAGGAGGAAGCCCACGGGACACCAGCCCACCAAAUGAAUCUGAGAGGCUGCGAGGUGACACCAGAUGUCAACAUCUCGGGUCAGAAAUUCAACAUCAAGUUGCUAAUCCCUGUGGCUGAUGGCAUGAAUGAGAUCUGGCUGCGGUGUGACACUGAGAAGCAGUAUGCCCACUGGAUGGCCGCGUGCCGUCUGGCGUCUAAAGGGAAAACCAUGGCUGACAGCUCCUACAACCUGGAGGUGCAGAACAUCCUGUCCUUCCUCAAGAUGCAGCACAUGAACCCUGACCCGCCAUUCAUCGCCGAGCCGAUCAACACUGACAUCAACCCCGAGUGCCUGGUGUCCCCGCGGUACCUCAAGAAGUACAAGAACAAGCAGCCAGGCUAUAUAAGGGACCUGAUCACGGCCCGGAUCCUGGAGGCCCACCAGAACGUGGCCCAGAUGAGCCUGAUCGAGGCCAAGAUGCGCUUCAUCCAGGCGUGGCAGUCGCUGCCGGAGUUUGGGAUCACACACUUCCUGGCCAAGUUCCAGGGGGGAAAGAGGGAGGAGCUGAUCGGGAUCACCUACAACAGGCUGAUCCGCAUGGACGCCAGCACCGGCGACGCCAUCAAGACCUGGAGGUUCAGCAACAUGAAGCAGUGGAACGUCAACUGGGAGAUAAAGAUGGUGACGGUGGAGUUUGCAGACGAGCCCAGCCUGGCCUUCAUCUGCGCAGAGGUGGACUGCAAGGUGGUGCACGAAUUCAUCGGCGGCUACAUCUUCCUGUCCACGCGCGCCAAGGACCAGAACGAGAGUCUGGACGAGGAGAUGUUCUACAAGCUGACCAGCGGCUGGAUCUGAUCCGCUCCGGGCGGGGGCUGGGACAGGGGCGGGGUCGGGUGCGGGCAGUGGAAGUUGUUUUUGGUUUGUUUUAUUAUUUUUUUUUCUAACCAUGUCAGGCGUCCAGCAGGGCCAUGCUGUUAUUCGUUCGACCUGAAGCCUUAUGCGUUUAUGCUGACAAAUGCUUUGUGACACUAAUAAUUUGCUGAUGCAGUCCAGGCAGGUUGGAGAACUUGGGGGGAGAACCCACAUGUUUCCACUGCUUGGCUUCCAACAGUAGCAGGUCCUGGUUUCCCGAUGUGAUGUGCUUCUCAAACAGGAAUCCCUGUGCCUGUGAGCAGUGAAACUAGGAGCAUUCUUUCACUCUCCCACGACUAUAACAGUCUGGCAUGCACCUCUUGCAUGUACAACUCCCACAAUUCCCUAGCUUCACAAGGAGUCCUCUCCACCCUGAAGACUCCUCUCUGUCAAGUACUUCUUGUACUCCUAGAGCCUCACACUAAUUAUUUUCCAGCUUUUGUAACCCCUUGAUCUUUGUGGUUCUAUCGCGUACUGAGAAAACAAAUGAGCUUUAUUUAUUUAACUUUUUUGUGUUGUUGUAAUACAUUUUUGGCCCCGUAAGGUUGCGCUAAUGUAACUGUGCUGUUGGUCUGUUUAUAUAUUUUCUGUGGUGUGCAGCUACCCAGCGAUGUACAAAGCGUAGUUUGAAGUCAUUUCCUUCGAUACUUGUGGUUGAAUCGGCAUAAACAUAGUGGCCUCCUUCCAUGUAAUGCUAUGUUAAAAUUUGUCUCGAGUCUGCAUAAUUAUAGUUUUAAUACAGCACAGAAAUCAACCACAAUUAGUCCAAAUGGAAUCAUAUUCAGUUCUGUGGAGCAGGAGCAAGGCUUUCGGGCUGGUCUGUGAUGAAGGAUUUUUUUUCACCCCACCUAUAUGAAGUAAUAUCUAAGCACUUCUAUGAUGCAAUGAAGUCCCUACAUAUAUAAGCUGUUUAUGAAGACAUUUUCUGAGAGUACCUCCUAUAGUAUUGCCCUCUUUUUUUGUAUUUAGCCUAACUUGGAUACAACUACAACACUAAAAGCAUUAACUAUUAGCUGCUGAAAGUGUUGUGUUGACCCGGCGGGACCUGCAUUUUCCAUAGUCGACAGCCCAAGUAGGUCGUCGCAGUAGCAUAUCUAAGGAUGCAGGGCCGGAGUACCGCAACACUUCCGACGAUGAAGAUAUAAUGUUCCAUUAGUGUAAUUUUUUUUUCAUGCCGACUUAAAGUGCUUUUCCCAGCUUUUGAGCUUUCUGAGGUCAGGGUUGUCAGUGACGUGACUACAGUGUCCCAGCCUUGUCCCUGACCUAGUCUCGGGUCACCGGGGGUUUCUCCUGGCAGUGGUGAGAGACGUCAGUUGCCCGUCUCCCCCCACAUUCUGAUAUCUACCAGGGGCCCACUGUGUGCGGGAGUGGCCAUAACCAUGCCAAGAGCUGGACACUGGUGCUUAGUACAGUGUUUUGGAUCAUGAAGGUUUUCUGUCUCUAAGGGUAUCCACUUGUUUGGCCUACUUGCUUUUCAUAUUGCCAUUCUUAAUCUUACACCAUAUAGUAUUAUUCAAUGCCAUAAUAUUAUUACGCACCAGCAAUAGGUCACCAGUUUUAAGAAUAAAUAUGCAAAGUCCAUUUUCCUCUGUGUGAAGGAAUGCUAAAUGAAGUAUUAGUUUUUUGUAACUAAUGUAAAAACACAGGUUUUAUAGAAUUGUACAGUUUUUUUCUUUUGUCGCUGUUUUUCUGUUUUUGGAAAUAUAUUUUCUCCAAAAAAAAAGAAAAGAAAAAAGCCAUCUGUCAACUUUGUGAAGUAUAAAGAUUUGUGCCUGCCAAUGUUAAGGUCUUAGCAAGUUUUUAAGAUUUAAUUAUAUAUAAAUAUAUGUAAAAAAAUAACACUAGUCUCAAACUCCAGGUUAGAGGGAGUGUGAAUUUGGCCGUGCCUACACUUUUUUACCUUGUGAACUUGUGGAAGGAGUUUUCAGUGUAAUAUUUUACAGUUUUUUCUUUUCUCCUUACUCUGGUAACCUCUUCUUGUAAUUUCUCUGCUUCACUGUACUGUAUGCAUGUCCCUUAGCUACAGGCUGUAUCUAAAAUCCACUUGCACAUCAUGAUUGAAGUACCCUGUGGUAGAAAAAAGCUCCAUCUUUCCUUACGUUUUUUUUUUUUGUUGUUUUCUUGCUAUCACCUUAUCCAAGUUAUUUCCUUUUUUUAGAAAUAAAGAAUAAUUUGCAAAUAACACUGUGCUAGUUUGAAGAAUUGUGGGAUUAUGAAGGAGGCUCUUUUUAAAUCCUGGAGUUUGAGACAAAUUGCCGUAAAUAAACUGAAGAAAAAACAAGCUUAGCCUCUU